AUGCCCCACGCUGUGUCGAUGCCCUCACCAGGGCUUCAGGCCUUGAUCCUUUGCGGUCCGGGUUCUUCGUUCCCAACCUUCACGUCCAACCCCGAUGAGAACCCCAAGGCUCUGCUGCCCAUAGCCAAUCGGCCCAUGGUUUGGUACCCUAUCGACUUUUGUUACCGCAUGGGAAUUACGAACAUCACUCUUAUUUGCCCGGCUACUGCAGAGGAGGCCAUCACCACUGCCCUGAACACCAACCCUCAUUUGACGGCACUUCCCCUUCCCAGGCCAGACAUCCUCGCUCCCAAGGAUCUGGACCAGACCACUGGUACUGCUGAGAUUCUCCGCCUGCCCGAGGUCAAGGAACUUGUUACCUCUGACUUUGUCAUUCUACCCUGUGACCUCAUAUGUGAGGUCGCCGGUGAAAAGCUGCUGCAAGCAUGGAUGGUUAAGGGCGCCAGCAUGUCGGAUCUCCUUGGAGCACCCAAGUUUUCCGGUAAUACCUCGAAUCAGUUCAGCGGUGGCUUGGGUGUCUGGUAUGAGACCAAGACCGCAACUCCCGUCAAAGGAGAGGAGACCGACUUCGUUGCCGUGACUCCCUCAGCCCAAUCCGCAAUUGCACCACCAAAAGGCUCUCUGCUGCCGCACCUGUCAAAUGUCGUAUACUCCAUGCCUACUGAUUCCUUGAAAGAUUUGACUGAGGAGAGGAAAGGACUUCCUAUCCGUCAUGGUCUUAUGAGGAGCCAUCCUCGGAUACGAAUGCUCACCACUCACAGAGACGCCCACCUCUACAUUUUGCCUAGGUGGAUAAUGGACUUUGUCGAGAAGAACGACCGCUUAGAGAACAUCGCAGAAGAUGUUAUCGGCUGGUGGGCCAAGGCUGGCUGGCAGAAUGGUCUUGCAGAGAAGCUCCACUUGAACGAAGUAUUGCACAAGGAGGACAAUGAUGACGAGGACUCGGUUCAAGAAAGCGAAACAACACCAGAAGACGAUGACCCAGAAGAGUUACGCACCAACGCCGGUGCUGACGACAACAGGAAGACUGAGAACGCCGAUAGAGAUGCGCUUACAAACUCCCAUGGUGAACUGACAGUACCCCCGAUCCUUGCCUACGUACAUCCCUCGCAGGCAGAUGCACCGAUGAUCCGCCGUGUCGACACUGCUCAACUCCUUCUGAAUGUCUCUCUUCAACUCGCGAAACUGCCUUCUGUUGAGGAGAUUGGCAAUGAUGCGGCCUCUCCUUUUGCACAUGCAAAGAAAGUUGCGUACCCAGAAGGCGUCAAGGGCCGCACUACCAUCACUAAAGCCGACAGUCUUGUUGCGGAAAACGUCACCGUGGAGGAGAAGGUCGCCAUCAAGGAAAGCGUGGUGGGAGCCAACUGCCAACUUAACGAGGGCGCGAAGCUUUCUCAAUGCUUGCUGAUGGAAGGAGCCGUUGUAGGCAAGAACUGCAAGCUCACAAGAUGUAUUUUGGGCAAGAGAUGUGUUAUUGGAGAUGGCUCUGUCUUGACAAACGUCGAGGUUCAAGAGAAUCUCCUCGUCGAGGCCAAGACCGAGGAGAAGGAUACCAAGCUCAUGAGCUCCGAUGGUUUGGAGGCGACUGAGGAAGAGAUGCAGGGAGUCUUGGACGACAUGGACAACGAGGUUAUGGCCCAGAACGAGGAGGCUGUGGAGUAA